UUCCCGUCAACUUGGCAUGAUGGGAAAUAGAGUCAUUGACAAAUAUUUGACACUGCCCUUUGGAAACUCCGUUCCUUUCCAACAGUGUGAGAAUAUUCACCUGAUAUUUACAUUUUUAAGCAACAAUACCUUUCAUUUGGAGUUAGUGUGUUCUCAAAUUAGUUCAGGAGGCGAACGGAAACUUCCUCCUCUGAUCCUCGCUGACGAUUCUUUUCCCGAGCCAGAAGAAGACCAACCCCGCAGGAGACAGGGCAGGAAUGGUAGCUGGUUAGCUUCCAAAGCAGAAGCGAUUGGAUUCACUAAAUAACGUGGUCUGCUAUUCUGCAGUAAUGAUGAAUUUACUGCCGUCGAACCCACACGGAAAUGGGCUCCUUUAUGCUGGAUUUAACCAGGAUCACGGGUGCUUUGCUUGUGGGAUGGAGAAUGGAUUUCGUGUGUACAACACAGACCCCCUGAAGGAGAAAGAGAAGCAAGAGUUCCUGGAGGGUGGGGUUGGCCAUGUGGAGAUGCUCUUCAGGUGUAACUACCUAGCACUUGUAGGAGGAGGAAAGAAGCCCAAAUACCCAACAAACAAAGUGAUGAUCUGGGACGACCUGAAGAAGAAGACGGUCAUCGAGAUCGAGUUCUCCACAGAAGUCAAAGCGGUGAAGCUGCGGCGGGACAGGAUCGUGGUGGUUCUGGACUCUAUGAUCAAAGUGUUCACCUUCACCCACAAUCCUCAUCAGCUGCACGUGUUUGAGACGUGCUACAACCCCAAAGGUCUGUGCGUGCUGUGUCCCAACAGCAACAACUCCCUGCUGGCGUUCCCUGGGACGCAUUCUGGCCACGUGCAGAUCGUAGACCUCGCCAACACGGAGAAACCGCCCGUGGACAUCCCUGCCCACGAGGGGGCGCUGUGCUGCAUCGCGUUGAAUCUUCAGGGAACGAGGAUAGCCACGGCGUCAGAGAAAGGGACCCUCAUCAGAGUCUUUGACACCACCGACGGGCAGCUCAUCCAGGAGCUGAGGCGGGGCUCGCAGGCGGCUAACAUCUACUGCAUCAAUUUCAAUCAGGACGCGUCGCUCAUCUGCGUGUCCAGCGACCACGGCACAGUUCACAUCUUUGCUGCAGAGGACCCCAAAAGGAACAAGCAGUCCAGCUUGGCAUCCGCCAGUUUUCUUCCCAAAUACUUCAGCUCCAAGUGGAGCUUCUCCAAGUUCCAGGUCCCGUCGGGGUCUCCGUGUUUAUGUGCCUUCGGAACCGAGCCCAACGCCGUCAUCGCCAUUUGUGCUGACGGCAGCUACUACAAGUUCCUCUUCAACCAGAAGGGGGAGUGCUCCAGAGACGUGUACGCCCAGUUCCUGGAGAUGACCGACGAGAAGAUCUGACACCCCGCUGCGGCGCCGUUCUUCUUUUGGACGCCUCCCAAACUGACGGACUCUGAGAACCGGAGCGUCUUCAGGUAGAGGGAGGAGCGAGGAGCAGCCUCAAACAUGGAAGGAUUACGGAUUUAUUUCAAAAUCUCUGCACAUCUGGACACAAACGCGACACAAAGAGGGAACGCUAUUUUUUGAGAGAUUUUUAAACGUCUUCCGAGGAGUUUUCACAGACGUUUUCAUGGCGAAGCGGAGCGAUCUAUUGAAAUGUUUUUGUCGACUAACACCCUUUCACUAACGUUAGGCGCCCUCAGAGUGUGAGGAGCGUCUGUCUGUGUGUCAUGUUUGUGUAAAUACCACAGCAGGGGACUGGGAGAGCCGCCUCCUCCUGAUCUGUGAAGCUCCGCCCCCUAAGUAUUAUCAGACCUCCUUCGUCCAUGUGCAAACGGCAGACUGAAGUUUUCUGUACAGAAAGUUCACAUAUUUUUGUUUUCUUACUUGUUGGUGCAAUACUCUGUAAAGCCAAGUGGGCGUGGUUUGGAACAAAGCGCUCUGAUUCGCUACUUAGGGGGUCAGUUACGCCAUUUGAAGGUUUUUGCUGUUUUCAAACUGAAACGGUAAAAAGAAUAUUUGUAAUGUUGAUUAAAUCUUUAAAUCUGACUGUCAAACUUCAACCCGGAUCAUCCCGACUUCUUUCCUGACAGUCGGGAUGAUCCGUUUGAAUCCAGAUCCCAACGUCUCAUUUGCAAACGGACAUUCUUGCUGCGUCUGCUUCACACUUCCUGUUUUCUGGUGACGCGGGACCUCGCCGUCAGAGGAUUCUGCUCCAAACCGAUACCGCUUCCUGACACUCACAAUGAUUGUAAAGCUGCAUUUCAAUUUGUGAAUAAAAAGAUAACAUCUGCUUUUCCUAA